AGGCCCAGAGGACGCUUGCCCAAGAUCACAGCCCGAGUCAGCAAUACAGGCAAGACUGGAUCUGAGUCCCCCGCUGCAGGAUGUGUACCACCCUGUCUUCAGCUAUGGCAUUAGCUUCCUUUGCACUGACGCCUUAGGCCCUCAGAGGGUGAGGCCAGGACGAAGCAGAGGCGGUGUCACUCCACACCCCCUCUCUUUCCUCCCCUGACUAAGUUUCUCUGGCUUUCCUGAGGCUGUAGUGUUAAUCUGGGGGGCUCUGAGCCCUGGGCUGGCAGCAGAAAUAUGAGGAUCCAGAGCCUCCUCCUCCUGGGAGUCCUCCUGGCUGUGGGGAGUCAGCUGCCUGCUGCCUUUGGCAGGAAGAAGGGAGAGAAAUCGGGGGGCUGCCCGCCAGAUGAUGGGCCCUGCCUCCUGUCGGUGCCUGACCAGUGCAUGGAAGACAGCCAGUGUCCCUUUACCAGGAAGUGCUGCUACAGGGCUUGCUUCCGCCAGUGUGUCCCCAGGAUCUCUGUGAAGCUGGGCAGCUGCCCAGAGGACCAACUGCAAUGCCUCAGUCCCAUGAACCACCUGUGUCACAAGGACGCAGACUGCUCCGGCAAGAAGCGGUGCUGCCCCAGCGCCUGCGGCCGGGAUUGCCGCGAUCCUGCCAGAGGCUAAUUCUGAUUUAGGACCUGUGGCUCUGCACCUCAGGUGGGAACCAAUGGAAAGAGUUCACCAUGAUGGGAGGUCUGGGAACCUGCCGCUGACAGCACUAUCUCUACCAGCGGUGGUUCCAGCUUUCUGAUGAACACUGACCUGCUGUCACUUCCCUGCAACCCACCCACCCCUGGUUUCUCCUCCUAGGAGUCAAGGUCCAUAGUCUGACCUCGGAGGAAGGCGCCUUUAUCACCCCAGUACCCUGCACCGCUGCUACCUGGGCAUCCCCCCCCCCCGACACUUUCACGCCUCUCUGUACAUGCUGCUUCCUCCACAAAAAAUGCCCAAUUCAGGCAGAUCCUGACCUCUCCCUCAGGCAGCCCAACCACCCAGAAUGAAUAUUCUAACAGAGUUUUCCAAGCCUCAGUCAUUCACCUCUUUCACGAUUUUCGCCAUGCCUACAAAACAGCAUGAUGACGGGUUGCGUGCUGCCUGUACCACCAUCUACUUAAUGUUUUCUUUAAGUGACUCACUUUUGUAUAUAAAUAAAUGCAUUUCAAAA